AGCAGAAAGGUCUGAUGCCGUGUUGUUUCACCUAUCCUAAGUUUUCAGACCCUGUGCACAAGAGGUUGGGUCUAGGUAGGACAAAGUGCUUGGGAGUGGGACCGAAAGACAAGGGAACUGGGCCUGUAGUGUGGACUGGAUAUAGUUUUUCUAAGUUUCUCAUCCUCCAUUUUGUCUUGACUGCAUGGUGAGUGACCUCUCAAUAGAGGCUCAAUGGCCUACAUAGCCUAACCCUAGCCUUUUGAAGUAUAUUACAUGACUACCUGGAACUACAGCAGGUAGGCCUAGCACUCCAAGGCCUAUUAAAAUAACCUCUUUCUCUCUCUCUGCUCUUUCUCUCUCCUUUCUCUCUGCCUCUAUUUCUGUCUCUAUGGUAGGCUUAGUCUGUUAACUUGUUACAUUCAGGUGCAUGGCUCUGAAGAGUUGUGGCAGGGAGGCAAAAAGAGCUAAGUACAUUUGAGUUUGGUGCUAUUCAUAGGUUGUGGAAAUAAUUAGAAUAAGAAUAAUUAUAUGAGGGAAACCUGCCACUCAAACAAGAAUCAUUGUGCUUAUUACUGUGUUAUGCAACCCAGAACUAAAAUCUCGCUUAAUUUGGUCAGAUACUGUCCACAAGAUUAAUGAUUUCUCUGUAAUGCUCAGCCUCUUUUCAUAUUUCAGUUCUCCUGCUGCAGUGCCAGGGCUUUCCUCUGGGUGACAGUAGAGAGUGGUCUGUACCUGUGUUGCUGGUGCAACCAGGGAUGGUGACUGAUGACUCCAUAUUGUGGAUAAAUAUGGAAAUGUACAAUGGCCUCAAUUUAAAAACACCAACCUGCCGAUUGUUUUAAAUUUAUCAACUGUGGUUUCUAUGAAGACCACUACAAAUAGGGCCCAUUUUUUGAAGAAUGUUUAGCAAUCCAACCCCUAAUGUAGCCUACUGUAUUCUCCAGGGUGGAAGGUAUGGAGGAGUAUGACAGGGUCAGUUUUGGUGUUGAUUGUGUUACCAAUAGUCUUUGAUUGUAUCUGUGUAUCUAAAUGUGUUGAUACUUAAGGAGUAGUUUGGGGCACACAAACACACACACACACACACACACACACACACACACACCCCUGUCCUUAACCAGCCGCACAUCUCCCAGUCACAGACAGUCUGCUAUUAUUUCAAUACAUUUCCAAUUAUCCUAAUCAGGCUGCAUUCGAUGUCUGCUAAAUGCCUGUGGUGCUCCACUAAUGCUUUGCUCUUUUGGUGACUGGAGAGUUCUCCACAAAGGAUAACAUUCUGCUAUAGCGAACUCGUCUGCCCCCUCGCUGGAUAAUCACUCUGGGACACACACGGAAACUCACACACACACACAAACAACAAUGUGGAGAGGUCAAGAGGAAGGUGUUGGCUGACGGCAGUAUGGCAGGGUGUGCGUAGGAGGCAAGGUGGCCAGGUCAGGACUAGCUGGCUGUCUGUCUGGAUGGACGGAUGGCUGCUGGCUGGGAAGCAUUUAAUUAUAGUGUCUGUUUUGUCUGUCUGACUAUUAUUAUUCACUAGUAUUAUGGUGUGAUACAGUAGGUGACCAUUUCUCCUUCUAUAAUUGACCUGCUCUAAUGCUUAUCAGACACCGUGUCAACCCUAUUGUCUCAGCAAUCAAGAAAAACUGAAUACAGUAUAUGGUAUAUACAAAAUACUAAAAACAGGACACGCAAUAGCCAAGUCAAGCUAUUCUAAAUACAAGGCUCUGGCAAUAAGUUUGGACUGUGUGAGUAGUUUUACUGCUAUUCACUCCUGUAUACUUGUGUACUGUCUACCUGUGUGAGUCAUUGUCUCAGUUCAGAAAUAGAGGAGUGACAGAGGGGCUCAACAUUUAGAAAUAGAGGAUUGAAAGAGGAGCUCAUUAUCUAGAAAUAGAGGAGUGACCGAGGGGCUCAACAUUUAGAAAUAGAGGAGUGACAGAGGGGCUCAACAUUUAGAAAUAGAGGAGUGACAGAGGGGCUCAACAUUUAGAAAUAGAGGAGUGACCGAGGGGCUCAACAUUUAGAAAUAGAGGAGUGACCGAGGGGCUCAACAUUUAGAAAUAGAGGAGUGACAGAGGGGCUCAACAUUUAGAAAUAGAGGAGUGACAGAGGGGCUCAACAUUUAGAAAUAGAGGAGCAACAGAGGGGCUCAACAUUUAGAAAUAGAGGAGUGACAGAGGGGCUCAACAUUUAGAAAUAGAGGAGUGACCGAGGGGCUCAACAUUUAGAAAUAGAGGAGUGACAGAGGGGCUCAACAUUUAGAAAUAGAGGAGUGACACAGCACCUUUUCGGUUACUGGCACAACACUCUUAACCACUAAGCUACCUUUAGAAAUAGAGGAGUGACAGAGGGGCUCAACAUUUAGAAAUAGAGAAGUGACAGAGGGGCUCAACAUUUCAACAUCUUAUAUCGAUCUUUAAUUAAAACAGAAGUCACCAUUCUAUCUCCCUCCUCCACACUAGCUUCCUCCUAAGACUCUUCUCUGAUUGAUUCCAGAAGUAGGAUUCCAAAUAUCUCUGUGUGUGUGUGUGUGUGUGUGUGUGCCUGUAUUCAUGAACGCUUGCUCAUUCGCUUGUAUUAUAUAAUUUACUUCCUGAUCCAUUGCUUAAGAACAUUCAUAUGCCUUUCAUUGGUUGGUCUUUUGUGCCUUGAUUAGAAAUCUGUCCCUGAGGAUGAAUAUUCUAGCGAACACCAUCACUUCCUCCCCCUGGUGUUUCAUCAAACAUGGUAUGGCAGCUGAUUAUUAAAGGAUAGUGUGUAGGUGAUAAUAUGCAAAUCCCAAAAUGUCUAUUCCAGUGCCAAAAAGAUAGUGUAUGCUGCUCCUGUGCUUUAUUCCUGCACCCACAUUGGCAAUGUUUCGACUCCAACAGCUUUGGUCUUAUAAAACAAACUCACUAUAGGUUUACAGAGGAGCGGUCCUACUACAUAUUUUCUUUGCGUCUUCAUUAAUGUGUUCGAAGACCAUCUGCUGUAUCAUUUACAUAUUAUGUAAACUGUAAUGUAACAGCUUGGAAACAAAGACAAAUCUUUCUUCCUCUGCUUGGUUGAAUCACUUUAUUCUCAACAGUGGGAUGUGUGCUAUAGAGGGAACUUUAUACAGUUGUGUUUGAAGUUUGACAGCUGUGUAGGCAUCACUCUGCUAAUGUAUUGUAGCUCAAUUUGACAGAAACAAUUCAAUGCUUACGCGAGAGAAAGAGACAGAGACACAGAGAGAGAGAGAGAGAGAGAGUGCAGGGAUGGAGUGGGAAAUAGAGAUAUGGAGAGAAGGAGAGGGGGAGUUUUCUCUAUAGAGGUGGUAUACAGAGGGAUUGUGUCUGCUCUCGUUCCCGUACAGUAGCUGUGUGCUGCUGUCAAUUCUUCAGGGUGUUCACACCUGGAGCUGCUAGUGAGAGAGGCUCAGGGAAGGGUCUACGCUAUCCUCAUCUCCACCAACAGACACACACUCAGUAGAGCUACUGUUGACCUACCUCCUCUCUUCCCCUAUCUGCUGUCUCACCUCGCUCAACUCUCUCCCAGGGGAUUCUAUGGAUAGAGAGUUGCUGAUGCUGCUGAUUUCACAUCAGUUAUUUGGAUACCAAGCUGCGUACAGAACUCAUUUCAUCUGAUAGCCUAACUGUUUCUGUCUUGGACUAAAUUUGUUUUUAAAGAUCAUUAUAUGGGAUUUAUAAGCUUUUCACCAUCAACUGAGAUGCUUUUUCUCAACCUGGAUGCUAUUUUUGUGUUAUAUCAACGCCUGCUGUACAGGAUGGUGUUUACUAGCUUCUGGAGGAUUUGGAUUGAAACCCUCUGUGUCUGUCUCUUGAGUCUGUGUUCACCAGCCUGUUAAAGUCUGUUGUGUUCUCCAAGGAGCGCUUCCUGAACCACCACAGGGUGCCUGGUUGGUAGCCUGUGGUUCCCCAAAUAUGUGACUUUAGAGUGGACUGGACCCUAGGGAAAGGAGCCACUGACAGCUCACAGAUCCAAAUAAAAGCUUUGAAAACGAAAAACGAGCUCGGCUCUUCUUUGCUCGUCUUUAACCCCCCCCGGGGUUUUUUUGGGUUAAGGUUCGUCUGGUUUUCAAGUUUUUGGGAACCCAAGUGCUGUUCCUUUGGGUCCAAAAUUUUUUUUCUUUUAGGAGGGUUUUUUUAAAAAAUUUUGGGAUUUUUUUUUUUUUUUUUUUUUUUUUUUUUCCCCCUUUUUUUGGGGGAUUUUCGUUUUUUUUAAAAAAAACCCCCUUUUUUGGGUUUUUUUUUUUUUUUUUCCAAAACCUUUUCCUUUUUUCCCACCCUUUUCUUUUUUUGGCCCCCCCCUUUUGGGGGUGGGGGGGCCCUGCCUUUUUUUGGGGAAAAAAAAUCUUUUUCCCCUUCAACCCAACUUUCUUUUACAUUUCCCCCCCCUUUUUUUUGGGUUAAAAUACCCCUUUUCCCCCCCUUUUCAAAAAUCCUUUAAAAAAUCUUCUCGGCCCCCCCCAAAAUCCCUAAACCCCAAAGGGGGCCCCUUCCCCCUCCCCCCACCCGGCGAGGAACCCCGCCCCCCCCAAGCCCCGGGAAAAAAACCGGGAGGGUGACUAUUUGAGAGGGGGCGGGUCCCCGGGGGAGGGGGGGAAAAAAAGGGGGGGAAGAAAAAAGGGGGAAAAGACGGGGCCCCAUAAAAGUAAGUUCACCCCUUUUUUAAUUCUCCAAACUUUUUCCCCUCCCCCCUUCUCUCUUCUUCUCCUUCCCUUCUUUUCUUUCCCUUUCUUCCUUCUUUUUCCCCCCCUCUUACCUCUUUUUUCCCCUUUUCUUUUGGCCCCCUUUUUUUUGUUUCUCCUCUCUACUCAACCUUUUUCUCCCCCCUCUCUUCCUCUAAAAUUUUUCCUUUUCUCUAUCCUUUAGGGGGGUCUACCUCCGUAACAAAAAAGGGGGUUUCUGACUUUCCCAAAAUCCACCCCCUUUGCCGCUACCAAAGGAACCCCGGGAGGUCAUUGGGAAAAAGGGGAAAAGGGGGAAAAGGGGAGGGAGGGGGAAAAAAAAAAAAGUUGGGGCCAAAGGGCGGGGGACCACCCGGAGCGCCUGCUGGUGUCCACCCGGGCCAGCUCCGUCCCCCGAACGCAUGCCGAGGAGGGCGUGAUGCCCCCCAUCCGUGGCCUCAGGAAGACCACCUCACUCAUCGCGGGGCACGCUGGAAACGCUGCAGCCCUUCGCAGGUAAGAGUCUUUAGCCUGAUUCACACUUCAGGGAAUAUUGCAUGGUUACAUAAACUAUGGUGGAUGCGUAACCAGGCCAGUGCAGUAACAGCUUGGCUUGGCUUGGUAUUGCCCUAUAGUGUGAAUUAGGCUCUAAUUGGCCAGUCGGUCAAUGAUAGUACAGAGUUUUAGUUGACCACCCUGGCCUUAGCCAAUGAUAGUACAAAGUCUUAGUUGACUAUGCUGAUAAGCCCACGCUUGCUGAUGAUUGAUAUGUUGGAUCAGGUAUUAUAGAAUGAAGUCUGUCAGUUAGUCAUCUGGAAAAGUGGCAUAGACAAGACUCUCUGUGUUACAGUGAGGGAAAAAAGUAUUUGAUCCCCUGCUGAUUUUGUAUGUUUGCCCACUGACAAAGAAAUGAUCAGUCUAUAAUUUUAGUGGUAGGUUUAUUUGAACAGUGAGAGACAGAAUAACAACAAAGAAAUCCAGAAAAAAGCAUGUCAAAAGUGUUAAAAAUUUAUUUGCAUUUUAUUGAGGUAAAUAAGUAUUUGACCCCCUCUCAAUCAGAAAGAUUUCUGGCUCCCAGGUGUCUUUUAUACAGGUAACGAGCUGAGAUUAGUAGCACACUCUUAAAGGGAGUGCUCCUAAUCUCAGCUUGUUACCUGUAUAAAAUACACCUGUCCACAGAAGCAAUCAAUCAAUCAGAUUCCAAACUCUCCACCAUGGCCAAGACCAAAGAGCUCUCCAAGGAUGUCAGGGACAAGAUUGUAGACCUACACAAGGCUGGAAUGGGCUACAAGACUAUCGCCAAGCAGCUUGGUGAGAAGGUGACAACAGUUGGUGCGAUUAUUCGCAAAUGGAAGAAACACAAAAGAACUGUAAAUCUCCCUCGGCCUGGGGCUCCAUGCAAGAUCUCACCUCGUGGAGUUGCAAUGAUCAUGAGAACGGUGAGGAAUCAGCCCAGAACUACACGGGAGGAUCUUGUCAAUGAUCUCAAGGCAGCUGGGACCAUAGUCACCAAGAAAACAAUUGGUAACACACUACGCCGUGAAGGACUGAAAUCCUGCAGCGCCCGCAAUGUCCCCCUGCUCAAGAAAGCACAUAUACAGGCCAGUCUGAAGUUGAACAUCUGAAUGAUUCAGAGGAGAACUGGGUGAAAGUGUUGUGGUCAGAUGAGACCAAAAUGGAGCUCUUUGGCAUCAACUCAACUCGCUGUGUUUGGAGGAGGAGGAAUGCUGCCUAUGACCCCAAGAACACCAUCCCCACCGUCAAACAUGGAGGUGGAAACAUUAUGCUUUGGGGGUGUUUUUCUGCUAAGGGGACAGGACAACUUCACCGCAUCAAAGGGACGAUGGACGGGGCCAUGUACCGUCAAAUCUUGGGUGAGAACCUCCUUCCCUCAGCCAGGGCAUUGAAAAUGGGUCGUAGAUGGCUAUUCCAGCAUGACAAUGACCCAAAACACACAGCCAAGGCAACAAAGGAGUGGCUCAAGAAGAAGCACAUUAAGGUCCUGGAGUGGCCUAGCCAGUCUCCAGACCUUAAUCCCAUAGAAAAUCUGUGGAGGGAGCUGAAUGUUCGAGUUGCCAAACAUCAGCCUCGAAACCUUAAUGACUUGGAGAAGAUCUGCAAAGAGGAGUGGGACAAAAUCCCUCCUGAGAUGUGUGCAAACCUGGUGGCCAACUACAAGAAACGUCUGACCUCUGUGAUUGCCAACAAGGGUUUUGCCACCAAGUACUAAGUCAUGUUUUGCAGAGGGGUCAAAUACUUAUUUCCCUCAUUAAAAUGCAAAUCAAUUUAUAACAUUUUUGACAUGCGUUUUUCUGGAUUUUGUUGUUGUUAUUCUGUCUCUCACUGUUCAAAUAAACCUACCAUUAAAAUUAUAGACUGAUCAUGUCUUUGUCAGUGGGCAAACGUACAAAAUCAGCAGGGGAUCAAAUACUUUUUUCCCUCACUGUAUAAUGUUUUAGCCUAUAUACUGGUGCUGUAUGUUGAUUCAAUGUGUUUGAAGCAAUACAUCAUAUAAAUGUUAUCCUCAAGGCAUGUCAUUUAUAGCCAUUAAUGAAACUGCCCAUCAUUCUCCUCUCCAGUCCUGUCAAUUACUUCAUUAGCUAACAUUUACAGCUAAAUGUAUCACAUUUGACAGAGAUUACUAUACUAGCAUGGCCUGUGUGUAGGAGUGUGUUCAAAUAGACACAUCACUGUCAGUCUACAGAAAACAACACACUCUAUGUCUAUUUGAAGCCUUGUUUUGACUGUACCUGCCCUUACAGAAAAACCACAUGAUUUCACAUGUGAAAUUUCACAUGAAAUCAUGUAGUAAAACAGUGUUGUAUUAAAACGUGUUUUUGGAACACUUUACAUGUUUUCACGUGUAGUUUCAUGUUAUCACGUUGCUUUACGUGUUAUCACAUGAAAACAUGUGUUUUUGGAACACUUCACGUGUUCACGUGAAAUUGAUGUGGUUUGUCCCAUAAGGGUGCAUACUGUCACGAUCGUCGUAGGAAUGAGUAGACCAAGGCGCAGCGUGUGAAACAAACAUGACUUUAAUUAGUUAAAGUAUACCAAACAAAACACGACUCGUGAAGUCCACGGUAAACAAAUACCGACACGGAACAAAAACCCACAAACACAAAGUGAAACACAGACAGUUAAAUAUGGCUCCCAAUCAGAGACAACCAGCCGACAGCUGACACUCGUUGCCUCUGAUUGGGAGUCACACAGGCAAACAUAGAAACAGACAACCUAGAACCCCCAACAUAGACAUAUCACACAUAGAAUAAACACACCCCUGGCUCAACAAAUAGAGUCCCAGAGCCAGGGUGUGACAGUACCCCCCCCCUAAAGGCGCGGACUGCGACCGCGCCUAAAUACGAGCAAAAACAGGGGAGGGCUGGGUGGGCAUUCCUCCUCGGCGGCGGCUCCGGCUCCGGUCUUGCCCACCACCCUCCAACAAACCCCCCAUAGCGCCCCUGGUCCGGUCUGGCCCCGCUGGCUGGAGCUGGACUGGACGUAGCAGGAGCGGUAGGCUUCAGCUCCUUAGUGGAGCAGUUGAGCGGUACCUGAAUUGGCACCGAUGACCCAGGCACGGGUUGUGCCGGACUGACGACUCGCACCCCUGGCUUGGUGCGAGUGGCAGGAACGGGCCGGGCCGGCGACGCGCACCAUAGACUUGGUGCGAGUGGCAGGAACAGGCCGGACCGGGCUGGCGACGCGCACCGUAGACUUGGUGCGUGGAGCAGGGACAGGCCGGGCCGGGCUGGCGACGCACCCCGUAGGCUUGGUGCGUGGAGCAGGGACAGGCUGGGCUGGGCUGGCGACGCACACCGUAGGCUCGGUGCGUGGAGCAGGAACAGGCCGGGCUGGGCUGGCGACGCACACCGUAGGCUUGGUGCGUGGAGCAGCAACUGGCCGGACUGGGCUGGCGACGCACACCGUAGGCUUGGUGCGUGGAGCAGGGACAGGCCGGGCUGGGCUGGCGACGCACACCGUAGGCUUGGUGCGUGGAGCAGGGACAGGCCGGGCCGGGCUGGCGACGCACACCGUAGGCUUGGUGCGUGGAGCAAGGACAGGCCGGGCUGGGCUGUCGACGCACACCGUAGGCUUGGUGCGUGGAGCAGGGACAGGCCGGACUGGGCUGGCAACGCACACCGUAGGCUUGGUGCGUGGAGCAGGGACAGGCCGGACUGGGCUAUGGAGACGGAUAGGAGACCUGGAGUGAAGAGCUGCCACAACCCGUCCUGGCUGAAUGCCUACCUUCACACACUCUGUGUGAGGCAUCAGCACAGGACGUACAGGGCUGUGUACCCGUACUGGCAUAACAGCACGUGACACUGGCGCAGGAUAUCCGGGACCGAGGAGAGGCACUGGAGGCCACGAGCGCUGAGCCGGCACACUCCGUCCUGGCUGCAUGCCCACCUUCGCACAACACGUGCGGGGUGCUCGCACAGGACGUACCGGACUAUGCCGGACCACUCGUGGCACAGUGCGCAGCUCCGCAUACCGCGGAACCUGCCCAGUCUCAUGCUGCCAUGCCUGAGUACGGGGAGUUGGCUCUGCUCUCCAUCCAGGCUCCGCCAACCUGUCUUCUGGCCCCCAAAACCCGGUGGCCUCCUCUCCUAAUCUCCCAAUUCGCCCUGUGGCAGCCUCCUGCUGCCCAGUCGCCCAUGCCGUGUGCCCCCCCCCCUAAAAAAUUAUUGGGGGUGCCUCUCGCCUGUCCGACCACGGCCCGGUUGACGCCGCUUCUCCACUCCUGCCUGGAUCUCCCCCUUCAUCGCCUUCCGGUACCGGACGGCCUCCUCCUUCGUAAUCUGCCCCCAGCCGAGGAGGACAUCCACCAGCGUUACCUCCUGUGUGUGUUCCUGGACACGCUGCUUGGUCCUGGUUUGGUGGGUUUUUCUGUCACGAUCGUCGUAGGAGUGAGUAGACCAAGGUGCAGCGUGUGAAACAAACAUGACUUUAAUUAGUUAAAGUAUACCAAACAAAACACGACUCGUGAAGUCCACGGUAAACAAAUACCGACACGGAACAAAAACCCACAAACACAAAGUGAAACACAGACAGUUAAAUAUGGCUCCCAAUCAGAGACAACCAGCCGACAGCUGACACUCGUUGCCUCUGAUUGGGAGUCACACAGGCAAACAUAGAAACAGACAACCUAGAACCCCCAACAUAGACAUAUCACACAUAGAAUAAACACACCCUGGCUCAACAAAUAGAGUCCCAGAGCCAGGGUGUGACACAUACAUGAUAGAAAGUUCAAGAUAGUGUCACUGUUUUAGGAAUAGAAAGCACCUUUAUGAUGAUUCCUUGCAACUUGAUGCUGGCUUCCUGCUCUGACAGUACAACACUGAAUAUUAAUGCUCUAGAGUAGACUAUAAAUACUCAGAGAGAAAACAGACUAAAUAAUCUAAAUAAUACCACAGAAGUGCAAAGAGAGAAUCACAAGGAAUGCCCACCUUUUUCUGUGGCCCUAACUUAGCCAAACAAAUAAUGAAGCAACAUUGUCCCUCGGGGAUGGAGUGUCUAUGUUUAAGUGAAUGCUGGGUGGGCUGUUCAGUCUGGCUGUGGAUAUAAAGUAACUUGUGUACAAGACUCUGAAUGUGUACCAAAUGGUACCCUAUUCCCUAUAAAGUGCACUACUUUUGAGUAUAGCCAUAUGGACCCUGGUCAAAAGUAGUGUAAUAAAUAGGGGAUAGGGUGCCAUUUGGGACAGUCUCUCAAAGUGUUCCUCGUAUAUGAAUCCAAUCAGUGAAGUGAUAUAUGUAUUUCAGUACAGCAGGUAGAGUAGUUGUAACCUCAUUAUUACAGUACUUUCCAACUGCAUGUUUUUAUUUGUUUACACCUGAAAUGGAGAGUGUAUACUGCAGACCCUCCAUAGACUCUAAUAGGUUUUAAAUGAGACAAUUCUCAGUUGGUAGAGCAUGGCGCUUGCAACGCCAGGGUUGUGGGUUCAUUUCCCACGGGGGGCCAGUAUGAAAAAUGUAUGCACACACUAACUGUAAGUCGCUCUGGAUAAGAGCGUCUGCUAAAUGACUAAAAUGUAAAUGUAAAUUCAACAUCAUUUUUAGAUUACACACUAAUCCCAAGGAUUACCCAGAGGAGAUUAUAUGGUAACAAGCCAUAUAUUGAGGCAGGGUGGGGGUGCAGUUUGGGGGGCACAAUGAAACAUGGCUACAGCUGUCCCUUUUGAAUCACUUUCACAUGUUCUGUUUCCAUGUAAUUUCACCAGUCUGUUCCCUAAAGCAGGAGCCACCUUACCAAGGGUUAGGGUGAGUGAGCCACCUUACCAAGGGUUAGGGUUAGUGAGCCACCUUACCAAGGCCAUAUCCAUUCAUGUGUGUUGUUUCUAUCUGUACUGCAGGACGGUGAGAGUCUGCAAAGGGAACCUGAGUUUUGGAUUCACCCUCAGGGGCCAUGCACCUGUAUGGAUCGACUCAGUCAUCCCAGGUAGGUUGCUUACAGCAGUGUGUGUGUGUGUGUGUUUGUGCAGACAGGCAUGCACACAUGCGCACAGACACAUGGAUACACACACACAACACACCAUGUGGGCAAGUGUCAAAUGCACAGACUGGUGCCAAUCAAGGCAUAUUUAUUGUCAACCUGUAUGUCGUGUUGCCACAGUGUUCACACCAGCUAUGUGGAGGGACUUAUGGAGGGUACAGAGGGGAACAGAUCGGAGAAUAGUAGGCUGAGAGAGGAGAGAGAGAGAGAGAGAGAGAGAGAGAGAGAGAGAAGAGAGAGAGAGCGAGAGAGAGAGAGAGAGAGAAAGAGAGAGAGGAUAGAGAGGAGAGAGAGAGAGAGAGACAGAGAGCUGAGAUAUAUCUCUCUCUCUCUCUCUCUCUCUCUCUCUCUCUCUCUCUCUCUCUCUCUCUCUCUCUCUCUCUCUCUCUCCAGGGAGUCCAGCAGAUAAGGCGGGGCUCAAACCUGGAGACCGUAUCCUGUUCCUCAAUGGACUUGACAUGAGGUUAGACAGCAUUCGAAAUGAGGCUUAGUCGAUUUAUAUAGAAACAUAUGAUUUACUGGUUCAUUGACGUUUGUUUGUAUGUUGUCAAGCCAACCUCCUCUUGUUGUAUUUACUUCAGGCUACUGCUUUUGUUUCUUGACCUCAGGUAGCUAACUGUAAGCUUUGUAUGGAUUUGGAAACCAGUGUUCAUAUCUCACACUCUUGUAGUGACAGAAUAAUACAACUUUUUUUAAAUAGAUGAAAGAACAAGCAUUACCUGACAGCUGUGUUGUAUUGAAUUGGUUAAUUACUUAGAGUGUGGAUAAACAGCAGAGUAGUUUCCUCUGCAGUGGUAGUUUGUGGUAGGGAUCAGAGCCUUAGAUACUGUAGUAUAGAGACUUCAAUAUAAGGUUUUGGUUCCGGCCUUUUCAGUUGUUUCCAUUAGAAUGUGCUACUUUAUGGGGUAUUGGGCGGCGCAUAAUUGGCCCUGCGUCGUCCAGGGUAGGGGAGGGAAUGGCCGGCAGGUAUGUAGCUCAGUUGGUAGAGCAUGGCGUUUGCAACGCCAGGGUUGUGGGUUCAAUUCCGACGGGGGGCCAGUAUGAAAAAUAAAAUAAUGUAUGCACUCACUAACUGUAAGUCGCUCUGGAUAAGAGCAUCUGCUAAAUGACUAAAAUAUAAAUAUAUGUAUGGUUCCAAAAGGGUUAUUUGGCUGUCCCCAUAGGAGAACCCUUUUUGGUUCUAGGUAGAACUAUUUUGGGUUCAAUAUAGAACCUCUGUUUAAAGGAUUCUACAUGGAACUCAAAAGGGUUCUACCUGGGACCAAAAAGGGUUAUUCAAAGGGUUCUCCUAUUGGGACAGCCGAAUAACCAUUUUAGGUUCUAGAUAGCACCUUUUUUUUCUAAGAGUGUAGUGGUGAUCAUGGUAGAGAGUCUGUAGUAUAUUGACACUAUCUCUGUAUCUCAAUAUGUGUCUGAAGGAGUUGUUCCCAUGAGAAGGUCGUCUCCAUGCUGCAGGGCAGCGGUGCCAUGCCCACCCUGGUCGUGGAGGAAGGCCCCCCCACCUUCACGCUGGCCGAGCCCGAGCAGCCAGGAGGGCCAGGGAGGGCGUCCCCGGGUGGAGGCGUCCCCCGCUCCCCAGUGCUCAACUCCCUGCAGUGGGUGGCUGAGAUCCUGCCUUCCUCUAUCAGGGUCCAGGGGCGCACCUUCGGACAGCAGCUGGAGCACCUGCUCACUAUCCAGGAGAGAUACACCAUCUGCAAAGCCCUGGAGAACUUCUUCCAGCAUAGGUGAGAGGGAGGGAGGGAGGGAAGGAUAGGGAGGGAGGGAGAGGGGGAGGGGAGAGACAGUGAGAGAAAUCAGAGAAAGCUACAAAUAUGUCGAGAGAGAGUGAAAGAGAGAUUGAAAGAGAGAGUGAAAGAGUGAGUGGAAGAGAGAUUGAAAGAGAGUGAAAGAGAGAGUGAAAGAGAGAUUGAAAGAGUGAGUGAAAGAGAGAUUGCAAGCGAGUUUGAAAGAGAGAGUGAAAGAGGAGUGAAAGAGAGAGUGGGUGUGAAAGAAGAGAUAACCUACUGGUUUGAGAGACCAUGGUACAGAAACAGGACCUUCAGCCCUACAAUUACAGUGGCUUGCGAAAGUAUUCACCCCCCUUGGCAUUUUUCCUAUUUUGUUGCCUUAUCCUGGAAUUAAAAUGGAUUUUUUGGGGGGUUUGUAUCAUUUGAUAUACACAACAUGCCUACCACUUUGAAGAUGCAAAAUAAAAAAAAUGUGUGAAACAAACAAGAAAUAAGACAAAAAAACAGAAAACUUGAGCGUGCAUAACUAUUCACCCCCCCAAAAUCAAUGCUUUGUAGAGCCACCUUUUGCAGCAAUUACAGCUGCAAGUCUCUUGGGGUAUGUCUCUAUAAGCUUGGCACAUCUAGCCACUGGGAUUUUUGCCCAUUCUUCAAGGCAAAACUGCUCCAGCUCCUUCAAGUUGGAAGGGUUUCUCUGGUGUACAGCAAUCUUUAAGUCAUACCAAAUAUUCUCAAUUGGAUUGAGGUCUGGGCUUUGACUAGGCCAUUCCAAGACAUUUAAAUGUUUCCCCUUAAACCACUCAAGUGUUGCUUUAGCAGUAUGCUUAGGGUCAUUGUUCUGCUGGAAGGUGAACCUCCGUCCCAGUCUCAAAUCUCUGGAAGACUGAAACAGGUUUCCCUCAAGAAUUUCCUUGUAUUUAUCGCCAUCCAUCAUUCCUUCAAUUCUGACCAGUUUCCCAGUCCCUGCCGAUGAAAAACAUCCCCACAGCAUGAUGCUGCCACCACCAUGCUUCACUGUGGGGAUGGUGUUCUCGAGGUGAUGAGAGUUGUUGGGUUUGCGCCAGACAUAGCGUUUUCCUUGAUGGCCAAAAAGCUAAAUUUUAGUCUCAUCUGACCAGAGUACCUUCUAUGUUUGGGGAGUCUCCCACAUGCCUUUUGGCAAACACCAAACUUGUUUGCUUAUUUUAUUCUUCAAGCAAUGGCUUUUUUCUGGCCACUCUUCCGUAAAGCCCAGCUCAAAGUUUCUGAUAUUUUUUCAUAACCCAACCCUGAUCUGUAAUUCUCCACAACUUUGUCCCUGACCUGUUUGGAGAGCUCCUUGGUCUUCAUGGUGCCGCUUGCUUGGUGGUGCCCCGUGCUUAGUGGUGUUGCAGACUCUGGGGCCUUUCAGAACAGGUGUAUAUAUACUGAGAUCAUGAGACAGAUCAUGUGACACUUAGAUUGCACACAGGUGGACUUUAUUUAACUAAUUAUGUGACUUCUGAAGGUAAUUGGUUGCACCAGAUCUUAUUUAGGGACUUCAUAGCAAAGGGGGUGAAUAUAUAUGCAUGCGCCACUUUUCCGUUAUUUAUUUUUUAGAAUUCUUUAAAACAAGGUAUUUGUUUCAUUUCACUUGACCAAUUUGGACUAUUUUGUGUAUGUCCAUUACAUGAAAUCCAAAUAAAAUGUGAUUUAAAUUAUAGGUUGUAAUGCAACAAAAUAGGAAAAACGCCAAGGGGGAUGAAUACUUUUGCAAGACACUGUACACUGUCUAGAAUAUGUUACCAUCAUUUUCUCUUCAUGCAAGGUUCUGUAAGACCACUGUAUUAGCGUGACCAAUGAUUAGACAGCCAGAUGACCCUAACCCCGCCAAGCCCCUCCCCCCUCCUCUCUGUUUCCAUGGCGACAGGAAUGUUGACACUCUGAUCGUGGACGUUUUCCCGGUGUUGGACACGCCAGCCAAGCAGGUGAUCUGGCGUUUUGUCUACCAGCUUCUGACCUACGAAGAGCAGGAGCACUGCCAGAGCAAGAUAUCACGUUUCCUCGGUUACAAGACUGCAGGUGGGUUCUGGGAGGUGUGUGUAUGUGUUUGCUUAUGCAAGUAUAUGUGAUAUCUGCGUGUACAUUUGUGAUUUUUGGGGGUGUAUGUGUAGAUAUGAAAGAGAACGUCAAUCUGUGAUUGUGUCUGUGUGUGUGUGUGUGUACACUGACAUACACACACUGUGUGUAUUCUAGCGCCAGCCCCCCCACCUGAGCCAGAGCCCGCCCCCGAGCCCCAUCGCCGUAGCAGCUCCAUGAAAGUGACAGGAACCGCCUACAGGGCCAGCAUGCGUGGGCGGAGCUCUGACGACCUCGUCAUCGGCACUCACCUGGGGAUGGGUACUUGCGUUUGUCUUUGUCCUUCAUCUUCAUCACCAGUAAAAGUAGCACCAUCAUUACUAUCAGUGGCUAUAUCAUCGUCAUCAUCAUCAUUAUUAUCACCAUCAUCAUCAGUAUUGUCAUAAGUAGCAUGAAAUAAAUAUUUCUGACACUAGGUGGAGCUUUUGCUUACACCUACCCAGUCAAGUGAAUGGGUAUCAAGAAAGACGUAUUUUUUGGAAUGCCUUGAAACCUAAUGCAGUAUGUUUCCUGUAGGGAUCCGUACUGAUCCAGGGGAGAUGGGGAUGAGGCUGGCUCCAGGGGAGAGACAGUCAGGAGACGGGACGUCCCUCCCAGAGACCCCCAACAACCUCACCAACGUGGGUACCCAAGUGAGACUGAGAGAAGUGGUCCUGUGUGGCUCGGUCGGUAGAGCAUGGCGCUUGCAACGCCAAGCGUCGUGGGUUCGAUUCCCGCUGAGGCCACCCAUAUGUAAAAUUAGUGCCCCCAGCUUUGGAUAAAAAUGUCUGCUAAAUGGGAUAUAUUAGAAUAAGCAUGACUAAAACAGUGGUCACCAACCCUAGUCAUGGAGAGCUACCAUGUCUGCAGCUUUUUGCUCCAGCCCUCACUAUAAAACACACUGGAUUAAAUUACUCAAGGACCCAGUGAGUGGCUCAUUAAUUCAAGCAGGUGUGUCAGUGUUAGGCUGGAACAAAAGCCUGUACACUCAUUGGCUCUUGGGAACUAGGACUAGUGACCACUGAUUUAGAUUGUUUCCUCUUUAGGGGCUUAUCUUCUGGCUUUGAUCUCUUCUAUCUGAGUUGUUAUGAAAGGGAAUUUAUUCUCUCUGUCUAGCUGUCUGCAGUGUAUGCUGAGCUGGAGAACGUGUACUCAGGGAAGAGGUCCAAGUCUCUGAAGGCUCGCGCUCCUCCUCCUGCAGACAGUCUGGUAGAGCUGGAAGUCCUCGAACACGCAGGCUCUCCGUCCAUGCACGCUAACAUAGGUAGUUACUCCAACCGGUAACGCUUUACUUGAAGUGUUGUUCAUCAUGACGCGUCCAGGAAAUCUGGUUAAAAUAACUUAAUUACAAGCAGGUUGAAAUCUGAAUUGUAGCUUGCCUGACAUAGAUGUAUGUCUUCUAGUUUGAGUUGAGUCCACCUCUCUCUCUGUUAGUCAGUGGAGUGUGAAUAUGUUCACAAGCACAGGUAGCUACUGGGUAUGAAAACAUCUAACCAAAUAGCUAUAACAGCAGAAAUUAAUAGACCAUGUAUUGUGCAUUGACAUGAUCUACAACCCUUGGUCAACAUAAUAGUUGAUCAAUGCAAUGUUAGAUGUUCUUCUCUAUAGGAGCAGUGAUGUCAAUGUUCCUCUCCACAGGUAGCCGUAAGGGCCCCCCACCACCUCCCUCCGCCUGGCAGGAGCCCCUCCCUAGCCCCCCUGCCCCGGUCCAGUUCUACCCCCCAGGUCUCACCUCCCAGACCAGUGCCGAGUCCAACCCCUACAUCAGCCUGGACAGCCCCCCUCCCUCGCCCCCCGACUACCCCGCCAGCCCACCCUCCCACGCCCGUCUCAAUAAGAGGCGCUACACGUUCUCUCAUCCGCCGCGCUCCUCCGAUACAGACCGUUUCCUGGACGCGCUGAGCGAGCAGCUGGGUCAGAGGGUUGCCAUCGUCGACGACUUCCUGUCACCCGAGAACGACUACGAGGAGGUAGGGUCGUAAAGAUGCACAUCUGUAUAGAGCAUUAGAUGGUUGAUUAUGAUAUGUUUGACAAAGACAGUAAGCUGCUUGUCUUGCAUGACUUUAGUGAUUAUUGUAUAUAUAUUCAGACCCCUUGACUUAUUCCACAUUGUGUGUAGAUGAGGAAAACAUUUAUUUAAUCAAUUUUAGAAUAAGGCUGUAACGUAACCAAAUGUGGAAAAAGGGAAAGGGUCUGAAUACUUUCCGAAUGCACUGUAUAUAUAUUAAAAACAAAAAAACUAUAUUUUAAGUGAGAAUUAGGCAUUGGUCUGAAGCCGAAAAAGAAAGGAAAUUCACAAGCACAGCAAUGCCUACUCCACCCAUGCUCUACCAAGGUUUUCCAGCACACAGCUUUGACCUACUAAAACAAUGUGUAUGCAGGUUGCUUAGGAUUCAAACCUUCUCAAACAGCCUAAUUCAUACUCUUAGAGGAGGUGCUCCCACAAUAAUGUGAUUUGUACUGCAUACAGUAUUGGAUUCUUCACACACCACACUAAUCCCACUCCACUACCUUUCCAAGGUCCAAAAGUAUUGGGAGAGUGACACAUUUUUUGUUGUUUUGGCACUUUGGAUUUGAAAUGAUACAGUGACUGUGAGUUUAAAGUGCAGACUGUCAGCUCUAUUGUGAGGGUAUUUUCAUACAUAUCGAACCGUUACAGCACUUUUUGUACAUAGUCCCACCAUUUUAGGGGCCUAAAAAUAUUAGGACAAAUUCACUUAUAUUUGUAUUAAAGUAGUCAAAAGUUAAGUAUUUGGUCCCAUAUUCAUAGCACACAAUGAAUACAUUAAGCUUGUGACUCUACAAAUUUGUUGGAUACAUUUGCUGUUUGUUCUGGUUGUGUUUCAGAUUAUUUUGUGCCCAAUAGAAAUGAAUGGUAAAUAAUGUAUUGUGUCAUUUUGAAGUUACUUUUAUUGUUAAUAAGAAUAUAAUAUGUUUCUAAACACUUCUACAUUAAUGUGGAUGCUACCAUGAUUAUGGAUAGUGCUAAAUGAAUCAUGAAUAAUGAUGAGUGAGAAAGACGCAGAAAUAUCAUACCCCCAAGAAUGCCAAGAGUGCAAAGCUGUCAUCAAGGCAAAGGGUGGCUAUUUGAAGAAUCUCAAAUAUAAAAUAUAUUUUGAUUUGUUGAACACUUUUUUGGUUACUACAUGAUUCCAUAUGUGUUAUUUCAUAGUUUUGAUGUCUUCACUAUUAUUCUACAAUGUAAAAAAUUGUAAAAAUAAAGAAAAACCCUUGAAUGAGUAGGUGUGUCCAAACUUUUGACUGGUAGUGUGUGUGUGUGUGUGUGUGUGUGUAUGUAUGUAUAUAUAUAUAUAUAUAUAUAUAUAUAUAUAUAUAUAUAUAUAUAUAUAUAUAUAUAUAUAUAUAUAUAUAACUGGACAACAAAUUAUGUGAGACAAAACACAUACAUUUUUUAAACAUAAUUUGAAAGGCAAAUGAUAUUUUUGAAAGAUACCUUUUGAGUGUGGAAAUGUUUGUAUAAUUUUGUAUAAUCACCUUCUGGUGUAAAAACCAUGGAAAUAGACCAACAUAGAUACUGUAGUACAGGGUUCUUCAAUUCCGGUCCUGGAGGGCCGAAACACCUCUGUUUUUCAUCCUCUCCUUCUAAUCAGGGGCUAAUUCAGACCUGGGACACCAGGUGAGUGCAAUUAACUACCAGGUAGAAAUAAAAAACAGAAGUGUUUCGGCCCUCCAGGACCGGAAUUGAAGAACCCUGCUGUAGUAGGUAAAAGCUGUGUGCUGGAAAACCUUGGUAGAGCAUGGGUGGAGUAGGCAUUGUGGUGCUCGUGCAUUUCUUUUCUUUUUUCGGCUUCAGACCAAUGCCUACUUCUCACAUAAAACUUAGUUUUUUGUUUUUUAUAUAUAUAUAAUUUGUGUAUUUCUAUUAGGAAAUUCUACCGUAAAGCACCUCAGACUAUAAAUUACACUGGAGCAAUGGCCCGAGCCUUAAUGAAUCUAUGUGAUUGGUGGUAAUGCCAGGAUGUUGUCCAGAUGAGCUUCCCAGAUGAGGAGGAUGAGGAUGACGAGGAGGUGGGGGUGGAUGAUGAAGAUGGAGACGGGGGUUUCAUAAUACCCCCUGAGCUGAGCAGCCCCAGCGAGUACCAGGGCAGCAGCGGAGAGGACGCCUCCUCCCUCACCUACUCCUCCUCCUCAGAACACAUCCCUCCUCCCCCCAUGACUCCCCCGCCACCUCCACCCAUCCAAUUCAAUGAUCCUCCUCUACCCCCAAGCUACACCGCCACCCCUGAACAGUCUCCCAGAAUACAACUACCUUUCCGCCGCCACCCCUGGGCCGCCUCCACCCCCUCCUCCUCGCUCCAACCCGCCGCCCAAACGCCAGUCCAUUCAUAAGGUGCUUCCUACCCGGGAGGACCUUCUAGCCCACGCUGCAAUACAGGAACAAAAAGCGUACCAGGAGAAACAAGCAUUACAGGAGCAACAAGCUUACCAGGACCAACAAGCGUUUCAGGAACAACAAGCUUACCAGGACCAACAAGCGUACCAAGAGCGACAAGUGUACCAGGAACAACAAGCAAUCCAGGAGCAACGAGCAUUCCAGAAGCAACAAGCAUUUCAGGAACAAAAAGCUUACCAGGAGCAACAAGCACAUCAAGCGCAACAGAAGCGACAAGCUUACCAGGAACAACAAGCAUUCCAGGAGCAACAAGCUUACCAGGAGCAACAAGCUUACCAGGAGCAACAAGCACAUCAAGAACAACAAGCAUACCAGGAGCAACAAGCGUACCAGGAGCAACAAGCGUACCAGGAGCAACAAGCGUACCAGGAGCAAAAUAUUUACCAGGGGCACCAGUCACUGCCUGCCCAGUCCUCGCACAAAGCACACACCCUGCAGCAGCUUCACCAGUCCCUGCCCCCCCUCCCCUCUCCAGAGGCAGCCCACACCCAUCCAGACCAUCCAAACCACCCAGACCCCUCACUCUACCAGAUGCACCAAGCUCAACAACAGACUCGUCGUCAAAGCCGUCAUCAGACUCACUCAGCCACAUCACCUCACAACCCCCUACCCGUUCCCCUGUCCAUCCAGAUCAACAGAGUCAGUACUCGGAGGCAAUCUAUCAGAGUCUUCAUACACAGUCACAUCACUCAUCUAUGGAGCUCCUUCACCAAGCUCAUCAGAUCCAGCAGCACCACUCCUCCAUGGAGCUCCUUCAUCAAGCUCAUCAGGUCCAGCAGCACCACUCCUCCAUGGAGCUCAUUCACCAAGCUCAGGAAGUCCAGCAGCACCACUCCUCCAUGGAGCUCCUUCAACAAGCUCAUCGGGUCCAGCAGCACCACUCAUCCACGGAGCUUCUUCACCAACCUCACCACUCUUCCACAGAGCUCCUUCACCAAGCUCAUCAGAUCCAGCAGCACCACUCAUCCACGGAGCUCCUUCACCAAGCUCAUCAGAUCCACCAAGAUCAGCCUGCUUCACUAACAGUACACCUGGAUCAGGAGAUCCACCAGUCUCUUCAGACUCAUCAGAGCCAUCAGACUCACCCAUCUUCCCAGGCCAGCCACCAGGGUCAGCAGACUCAUCAAACUCGUCAAUCUCUCAAGUCUCAUCGCACUCACCAGCCAUCUCCCCAGCGUCCCCACUCCGUCCAGCAGACUUACCACCACACUCCCCAGAUCCAGCACAUCCACCACCAGGUCCCUCCCCAGCCCACUCAGCCAGAGCUCCACCAGAUCCACCUCAUCCAUCAGCCCACCCAGCAGCGCCACCACCCCCAGCCCACCCUGUCCACCUUCCAGCCCCUUCCACCCCACCAGUCCCACCCUGUCCACCUUCCAGCCUCUGCCCCAACAUCAACCCCACCAAACCCACCAGGUCCACCCCUCCAACCAGGGUCGUCCUCAGUCCCAGCCCUCUCAGCGGCUACUCAGUCAAUCCCAGUCUCACCACCACUCCCACCACCAACCCCAACCUCAGCCCAAGCAGCAUUCCCAGUCCCAGAAUAACUUGGACCAGUUGGGGAAACAGGAGCCCCCUCCUCCUCCGCCCCUGCCCCCUCCCGGAACCCCACCUCCGCUGCCUCGCCCCGGCCUUCCGAGGAUGGACUCCAACCAUAUGAGUGUAAAGAGGCUGCGCUGGGAACAGGUGGAGAACUCUGAGGGCACCAUCUGGGGACAGGUGAGUUAGUCACAAAUUUGAUAGGUGAGUUAGUCAGCAUUGAGACAGGUAAGUUGGUCAGGAUUGGGACAGGUAAUGGGUUUGGACAAGUGUGUUAGUCAGGGUUGGGAAAGGUGAACUAUGUUAGGUGAGGUUGGUUGGGGACAGAUAAGUUAGUCAGGAUUGGGACAGGAUUGGGACAGGUUAGUCAGCUACAGUUUGGACGGGAGUAAGUCAGGGUUUGGACAGGUGAGUUAGUCAGCAUUGAGAUAGGUGAGAUAGUCAGGGUUGGCAACAGGUGAGUUUAGUCAAGGUUGUGAAAGGUGAACUUUGUUAGGUGAGGUUGGAUGGGGACAGGUAAGUUAGUCAGGAUUGGGACAGGUAUGUCAGCCACAGUUUGGACGGGAGUUAGUCAGGGUUUGGACAGGUGAGUUAGUCAGCGUUGGGACAGGUGAGUUAGUCAGGGUUGGAACAGGUGGUUAGUCAAGGUUGGGACAGGUAGGUUAGUCAGGGUUAGGGACAGGUGAGCUAGCCAAGGUUGGAACAGGUGAGUUAGUCAGGGUUGGGUCAGGUUUUUAGAUUUACAACAGUUACAUUAUUUUUUUAUUUUUUACAGCAGUCAAUUUCUGAAAUGACAAGCAUUAGCUUGAACUUAAUGAGUAGGUGGUGCAUAAUGUACAUAAUGCCUGUUUUUAAUCUGUGUGUUGCAGUUGGGAGAGGAUUCUGAUUAUGACAAACUGAAUGACAUGGUGAAGUAUCUGGAUCUAGAACUGCACUUUGGGACACAAAAGAACCCCAGUGAGUAUAAUGUGCCCACGUGUGUAUGUGGGUGUUUGUGUGUAUGCACGCAUAAUGCAUAUGUUAGUGUGCAUACAGUAUGCUUGCACAUACUGUACGUGUGUAAGUCUCUUCUGCAAAACCAUUCACACACCACCACCAAUGAGUCCGUUCCUGCAUAGUGUGUCUAAUAUGAAUACUUCUUCAUCUUGAGCAAUGUGUGUGAAUCCCACCAUGGUUUUGAAUUGCUUUUGAUCAGUGGUCCCUCUGACGAAUGACAGCAGCAUUACCGCCAUAGGCACUUCACUGACCCAUUUAAGUCUGAUACUUGAAAUUAUGUAUUUAGAAAUACAUUGAAAAUCCUGAUUUGGACAUUUUCUGCUCCUUAGCAGAGUCUCUUUCUCCCUUGAUCUCUGUCUUCACAGUCUUCCUUUCUGCCUCUCUUCUCAUGAUUCUCUGUUUCCCUCUCUCCCUCCACCAGUAGACCAUGUGCACUAACAUGUUCUGUGUCAGUUUCUCUUCCAGACCCAGCCCCUCAGUCGGAGACCUUCAAGAAGAAAGACAUAGUGGAGAUUCUGUCCCAUAAGAAGGCCUACAACGCAUGUAAGUAUGAGCGUGGAGAACACAAGGAGGGUGCUACAUUGUUCCAGGCUGUGUUACACUGCACUUCAGAUCUUAUAUUAUUGUUCUAAUCUAGUCUGUGUUGACUGAAACCAUGAGACUGUGUCACACUUUUACUGUGGCAUCUGACCUUUGACCCUUUAAUCUCUUGACCCAUGACCCCCAGCCAUCCUGAUCGCCCACCUGAAGCUGUCCCCAGGUGAACUGCGCCAGGUGCUGAUGACCAUGGCCACAGAGCGGCUGGAGCCGGCCCACAUCAAGCAGUUGCUGCUAUACGCCCCGACGCGGAGGAGGUCAAGCAGUAUGAACAGUACAGCGAGGACCCGGCCAAGCUCAGCGAGCCUGACCAGUUUGUACUACAGGUACUGGGCCUAGACUGCAGUGGAGAUGCUCAGCAGGUUUAGGGGAUCGUAUUGGAUGUAUUUGUGUUGUUUUGUUGUGGUGUACUGUGGGUGAAAGUAGUAGUAGUAGUAGUAGAAAUAGUAGUAGAAAAAGGAUAUAGUAGUAGCACAUAGUGUAGUAGUAGAAUAUAGUAAUAGUAAGUAGUAGUAGUAGUAUAGUAGUAGUAGUAUAGUAGUAUAUAAGUAGUAGUAGCAGUAGUAGUGUAGAAUAGUAUCACAGCAAAUAUGUAGUAGUAGCAACAUAUAGAGCAUAUCGUAGUAGUGCACAGCGGCGUAGUAAGUAGUAGUGUAGUAGUAGUAGUAGUAGUAGUAGUAUAGAGUAGAGCAAAGUAGUGUAGCAAGCAGUAGAGCUAGUACAGUAGUAAGUAGUAGCAGUAGCAGCAGUAGUAGUAGUAGACAGUAGUAGUAUGUAGUAGUAGACAGUAGUAGUAGUAGUGUAGUAGUAGACAGCAGUAGUAGUAGUAGUAGUAGAGUAGUAGUAGUAGUAGUAGUAGAGAGUAGUAGCAGCAUAUAAGUAGUUCAGUAGCAGCAGUAAGCAUAGUAGUAGUAGUAGAGUAGUAGAACAGCAGUAGUGUAGUAGAGUAGUAGUAAGUAGAGACUAGUAGUCAGUAGAGUAGUCGUAGUAUUGUUAGUCAGCAGCGAGUAGUAGUAGAGUAACACAGUAGUAGUAGUAGUAGUAGUAGUAGUAGUAGUAGUUUGUAGUAACAGCAGUAGUAGUAGUAAAAAUAGUAGUAGUAGUAGAAAUAGUAGCAGUAGUAGUUGGUGCAGUAGUAGCUCCCGAGUGGUGCAGUGGUCUAAGGCACUGCAUCGCAGUGCUAGCUGUGCCACUAGAGAUCCUGGUUCGAGUCCAGGCUCUGUCGCAGCCGGCUGCAACCGGGAGACCCAUGGGCGGCGCACAAUUGGUCCAGCGUCGUCCAAGGUAGGGGAGGGUUUGGCCGGCAGGGAUGUGGGUUCGUUUCCCACGGGGGGCCAGUAUGAAAAAAAUAAAAACGUAUGUAUUCACUAACUGUAAGUCGCUCUGGAUAAGAGCGUCUGCUAAAUGACUAAAAUGUAGUUGUUGUAGUAGCAGCAGUAGUAGUAGUAGUAGUAGUAGUAGUAGUAGUAGUAGUAGUAGUAGUAGUAGUAGUAGUAGUAGUAGUAUAGUUUAAUGGUUGCUCACAGUCAUAGACUGAGACUUUGGUUAUGUGUAGGUGUUGUUUCUGUUUCCUCCUUUGUAAUUGUGUGUGAAUGCGUGUGUGCGCGUAUGCAUAAUGUCAUAGAUGCUGUCAGUACCAGAGUACAAGACUCGUCUGAGAAGCCUCCACUUCAAAAGCACCCUGCAGGAGAAGACAGAGGAGAUGAGGGGGGGCUACGACUGCAUCUACAACGCCUCCAUGGAGCUCAAGACCAGCAAGAAACUAGCCAAGAUACUGGAGGUAUACAAUUAUGUACUCUGACAUGCAGGGGCGCAACUUUGGUUUUAGAAGUGGGGGGGACAUAACUUGGUGGGGGGUCUGCGGAUCCUCCCGUUUUUGGGGGCAUCUAAAGCUCGUUUCCUGCAUUUCUACACAGUCUAAUAUGACCCACGGCCCUUCUAGCCUUCUCUAUUUAGAACAACAUAAAGUAAGCAAAAAUGCACAGUCAUCAAGCUAGGUAAGAUAUCAUUAUGAAAUAUGUUAAAGUGAUUGAUAAGACUGAACUAGAUCAAAGAUAAUUCAAUAAUACAUAUUUUGUUGCACCUUUAACCAAUAGCCUAACAAAUGAACAACUCUUACAAAUAAAAUACAAAGACUUUUAAUUGUCUUUAUUAAGACAUCCUCUAUAUCAAAUUUCAGCCAGACCGCCAGCCAGCCCGAGCCGCCUGCACGCCCAACCCCCACCAAUCUAGUUAAUAACUCAACUCUCUCCCCAACACAACUUCCUUCCUAUCUUUUUUUUUUUAUGUCUCAAGGGAAAGGUUUGGAAAACAAAAGUUGAAUGAAAACACACAUACACCUGCACAUUAAGACACAGAAACAGUACACCCUCCAUAUAAUUAAUACCAUAGGCCUAAUAUGACUGUAGAGCUCUUUUUACUUGCAUACGAUAUAGCUGGGUCACCCAGUCCUGUCCCUAGGGGUCUACGGCCCUGCAGCGCCCCAACCCAGCACACCCCACUCAGCUUUAGGAUCUUAGUGAAACAUUAAUUAUUGGUUUCAGGUGUGUUAGGCCAAGGCCAAAGUGUCAACCAACAGUACGGCAGACCCCCAGGGCCAGGACUGAGCAGCCCAGCAGCUAGGGAUUGCCUAAAUAGGUAUCUCCCCUGACGUGGGCAUGUUUUCAAUACAGACUCCUUUUGUCGUACAUAUAAGGCAUCCAGACCUUAUGAAAGUUGCACAGUAUACCCUUAAUCUUGUAAUACAUCAAAUACAUAAAAUCUAGUGAUACAUAAUUAACAUUUCUUCCAUCCAUUGUGGGAGGAUAACCAACCUUCCAAUUAAUGGCAAUUCAUUUCUUAGCCGCUUUAAAUGCUAGGUUACACAGUUUCUACUGAUAAUAGUCUCCAGUGUCAACAUUUCCAAGCAAACAAAAACAGGGAGAAGGGAGAAUCUGUAGACAUGCUGAGAUAUAAGAGCGUACUCUUUGCCAGAAUUCAGCCAGCCUUCACAAGACCAUAACAUAUGCAAAUAUGUCCCCUUUUGUGUUUUACACCUCCAGCAGAAUAGUUACAUUUGUGUGCAUGAUAUUCAGUUUCACUGGCUUAUAGUACGUUCUAUGGAUGGUCUUAAACUGCAGUAAUUUAUGUCUUGGAUUAUAUGAACAUAACUGGGCAUUCUAACAUAUCUGUCUCCAUUAUCAUCAAUAGCGUCUCCCAGGUCUUCCUCACAUUUUUGUUUGACAUGUUUUGUGUCAUCGGGAAAAGCCUCUAUCAACCCUUGAUACAGUUUGGAAAUCAACUUUAGAGGUUUGUCGGACUGCCUUAAAAUAAUUUCAAUCUUUGAAGCUUCUUGCUUGUCCUGCUCAGAUGAGGCAUGACAAAUAAUUGUAUUGGUGUACAUUUAUACAUUAUAUUAUCUAUGAAUAGAAUCAAUGGUUCAACAAUUGAAAUAACCAUUAUUCCCAGAUCCCAGACUGUAGCCUACCCAUCAACUCAAGGUGGAACUUUGUAUCCAUUCACUGAUUGUUAUAAUAUACUGCAAAAUUCAACUGAGCUCUGUAGACUGGUCUUCCCUGGCUGUCUGAUCCUGCAGGGACACCUGUCACCAUCUCAUCCUGCUAAGACAUUAUGUAAAUACUGACUUGUGCACCAUGACAGUGAAGCCUGUAGAGCUGUGUAUUUAUUUUAUCUUUACUUAACUAGGCAAGUCAGUUAAGAACGCAUUUUUAUUUACAAUGACGGCCUACACCGGCCAAACCCGGACGACGCUGGGCCAAUUGUGCGCCGCCCUAUGGGACUCCCAAUCACAGCCGGUUGUGAUACAGCCUGGAAUCGAACCAGGGGGUCUGUAGUGACGCCUCAAGCACUGAGAUGCAGUGCCUUAGACCGCUGCGCCACUCGGGAGUAUACCGUGUCUGUGUGAAAAGUAGUGAAUUAGCUAGGGAAACUGACAGAUCAAUAAUGUAACAUUGCUAUACUGACUAAUAAAAACUCACAUUUCGCUGAAAAAACAUCAGAAUAUUGGUCUUCAGUCGUUUGGCCGCUGGUUUCAUCAUUUGAUUCAGGUUGAGUGUGAUUGAGGCAAAAAUAAUAGCUGAAGUUAGUUAGCUAGCUAGCUAACGUUAGCUAACUUUUGACUAGCUCUGCUAACUAAUGGUACAAUGAUACAUCAUCAAAUUACUUCUGUUGAAACGGGACAAAACAAAGGCUACAAAACAUUUCCAUACACACAACAGCUGUGAGAUACUGCUACCUGACAGAUAGCUAGGGGCUAGCUAGAGCUAAACUAGCUGUGGUAGCUACUAGCUAGCUAACUAGCUGCUAGUAGGUCAUUCACUUCAGUCGAGAGGGGAUGAACAUUAACUAAUGGAACAUGUCAGUUACACUACUAGCUCAGCACUGGGAGUAAAUAUGUAUUUUUCUGUCAAACAGCAGUUACCUUGCCUGCUAGAUCAGUCAACUAAAGAGUAGGCAGUUUCUGCUCUGCAUGCUUUUACAACUCGGAGAAAAAGCGCAGCACAGACAGCAGCUGCCUCUGUUCAUCUCUCCCGUGCUGGUCCUAUACGCCAGCCUUUUAGAAGCUUUGCCUUCAUACAGCAUGUCCGCAUGCUCUGUGGUGUCUGUGCGGUCCUAAAUCAAGCUGGCUGAAACCGGAAAACAGCCUACCUGACCGCUCUGAGGCGUCCGCAUGGUCCUAAAGCACACCGGAGCCACGUUUUGUAUCACAGCGCAAUUAUAAAACUGGGGGGGGACAAAAAUGCAAUUUCAGAAUGUGGGGGGGGUCAUGUCUCCAGUGAAUGUUGCGCCCCUGCUGACAUGUACAAUCACCAGGAAGAGCUAUGCAACUUCUUCUACUUGAACCUGUCACCCGCCAGCAUGAUUCUGAUAAGAUAAAACCAAUAACAGUCUCAUUCGGUGCUAAAAAUGGAGAGGGUGGAAAUGCGUUUGUUUGGUUUGACCAACCUUUUAGCUUGAGCCCCAGAUACACCAGGAAGGUUAAGGAUAGGCAGUAGCCCAAAGAUGAAACACCUAAACAGCAAUGAACAGGAUGCUUUCAUCUUCAUCCAUGAGCUGAUUCACACCGUUUACCUAAGUGGAAAAUAAAGAUAGUGUUAUUGUGGGUAACGUUUAGCCUUAAAGUGGUAAUGUUGCUUUUUCAAUCCUAAAUUAAAUACAAGCUAUAUGCUAACUGUGUCGGAUGUUUCCUUAGUUUGUGCUGGCGAUGGGAAACUAUCUGAACAAUGGUCAGCCUAAGACCGGCAACAAGACCACCGGGUUUAAGAUCAACUUCCUCACUGAGGUAAGCUCCUCAGGGGUAUUGGCCUGUAUUCCUAUUACAUUUCUUUACUUCACUGUUGUUAACCAACGGACAUUGUUACUAAUAGACCACUGUUUCUUGUAGCUCAGCACCACAAAAACAGUGGAUGGGAAAUCUACGUUUCUGCACAUCCUCGUCAAGUCACUGUGUCUUCACUUUCCCAACGUCCUGGAUUUUGCCAAGGACCUCACCACGGUUCCCCUGGCAGCCAAAGGUAAACUGAGUAGCAGUUUUUUCAUGUGCACAAUUAAUUUUGUGUGUCGGGUGUAGUGUUUCAUGUAUGUUGUGUUACAUGUAAUGUUUACCUAUUGCGUGUCAAUGAAUAGAUUAAAUAUGUAAUCCAGUUUUUCCAUAAGCACUCUUCCACCUUUGUUCUCUCUCUCUCUCUCUCUCUCUCUCUCUCUCUCUCUCUCUCUCUCUCUGUCUCUGUCUCUGUCUCUGUCUCUGUCUCUCUCUCUCUCUCUCUCUCUCUCUCUCUCUACUAUCUCACUCACUCACUCUCUGUAGUGAACCAGAAGACCAUCACAUCUGAUCUGAAUGACCUUCACACCACUAUCCAGGACAUCCGAUCUGCCUGCCAGAAAAUGCCUGCUACAGCAGAUGACCGCUUCGCUGCAGUCAUGAGUGUAUCUUUCACAACAAACCUGAGAGAGAGAAUUAUUUAUUACAGGCUUCUAUAUUCACAGGUGUUAGAGUAUGCAUACUGUAAAAUAUUAUACUUCGGUUCUCUUCAUUCAUACUUUCAAUGUACAAUGUGUGUGUUUGUAGGCUAAGUACAUACAGUGUCCAUGUUUGUAUUGUAUUUGCACUUUUCUCCUGAACACACACACAUAUCCCUCUAGAAUUGACCUAUAUUACUUGAAUGCUUUGAACAUCACUGACUCACUGUAUAUAUUCAUAAGGUGCCUUAGUCCAAGUCUCAAAGCCCUUUACAUGGGGGUCUCUCACCCAUCCACCACCAAUGUGUACUGUAGCUCCUACCUCUGGCUGUUGUGUCCUUGACUUCACUCUGAGCAGGGCUUCCUGGAGAACAUCCACCCAGCGCUACAGUCUCUGGAGUCCCUGCAGCAGAGGGCCAUGGAGGAGUUUUCCAAGACAGCCUCCUUCUUCGGAGAGGACAGCCAGGCCACCAACACAGAGGCCUUCUUUGGGAUAUUCGCCGAGUUCCUCGCCAAGUUU